CACUGACCUGGCCACCAUAGAAAACACAACUGAUGUCAGUGCUGUACUCAGGACCACACCAAGCUACACAGGCAAGGCUUGGAUAGGCCUCUAUGAUGACAACUGGAGAUGGUCUCUGAGUAACAGCAGCUUCUAUGGUAAAGGAGAGACAGAGUUUAGAAACUGGGCUCCUGGAUAUCCCUACAAUCCUUAUGGACAACAGAACUGUGUGGUGCUUCGCAGUCAGUACUAUUACACUGGGAUGUGGCAAUCCUACUAUUGCACCUACCAAUUACGCUUUGUGUGCUACAAUGGUUCAGUAAAUGGCACAUCCUCUUUUGUAAAGGUCAACAGAACUUUGAAUUGGACCGAAGCUCAGAGAUACUGCAGGGAGAAUUACGUCGAUCUAGCCAGUAUACGAAAUCAGGCAGAAAAUGACAACAUCACAAACCUGGCAGCAGGUGACCUUCUUUGGAUCGGUUUGCACUGGGAACAACUGUGGUCUGAUGGGAGCACCUUGCUGUUUCAAUUUUGGGCCAGUGGGCAACCAGACAGCACAGAGCAGUGUGUCACCACAUCAUUCAGAAACUCAGGACUGUGGUCUGAUGACAGCUGCUCCCUCACUUUCCCAUUCAUCUGUUACUCAACAACUCCUCCAAAAACAGAAGACUUCAGAUCAAUAGGACAAAAUGAGUCCAGUAUCACUCUGCAGUGGAACAAAGUGAACAACAACUUCAUCUUUAUUCUCCAGUUUAAUGAUGCAGAGAUCAACAUCACUGCACCAGAUGGAGAUGGACCAGUAACUCACACAGUCUCAUCUCUCACUGCUGCAACUGAAUACACAUUCACUCUCUUCUCUGUGUUUGAGGACGUCAGAAGCAGUGGAGUAAACAUUACUGCAGUUACCGCUCCUUCAAAAACUGAAAACUUCAGAUCAAUAGGACGAGAUGAGACCAGUAUCACUCUGCAGUGGAACAAAGUGAACAACAACAUCAGCUUUAUUCUCCAGUUUAAUGGUGCAGAGAUUGACAUCACUGCACCAGAUGGAGAUGGACCAGUAACUUACACAGUCUCAUCUCUCACUGCUGGAACUACAUACACAUUCACUCUCUUCUCUGUGUUUGAGAACGCCAGAAGCAGUGGAGUGAGCAUUACUGCAGCUACUGGAACCCGUCAGUUUUACUUUGAGGCUACGCCACUGAACUGGACUGAAGCUCAGAGCUUCUGCAGACGGGUCUACACUGACCUGGCCACCAUAAGAACCCCAAUUGACGCCAAUGCUGUAUUCAGGACCACAAGGAGCUACAGAGGCAAGGCUUGGAUAGGCCUCUACGGUGGGGGCUGGAGAUGGUCCCUGAGUAACAGCAGCUUCUAUGGUGAAGGAGAGACAGAGUUUAGAAACUGGGCUCCUGGACAUCCCUAUAGUCCUAACGGACAACAGAACUGUGUGGUGCUUCAAAGCUAUUACUAUUACUAUUACUAUUACUACUUCUAUGACUACAAUGGAAAGUGGUUGGACGUUAAUUGUAACUACCCAUUCUACUCUGUGUGCUAUAACGGUUCAGUAAAUGGAACAUCAACCUUUGUAAAAGUCGACACACCUUUGAAUUGGACUGAAGCUCAGAGAUACUGCAGGGAGAAUUACGUCGAUCUAGCCAGUAUACGUGAUCAGACCGAAAAUGAUGUCAUCAGAAACCUGGCUGCUGGGGACUCUGUGUGGAUCGGUCUACACUCGGAACAACUGUGGUCUGAUGGGAGCACGUCUCUGUUUCAUUACUGGGCCAGUGGGCAACCAGACAGCACAGAGCAGUGUGUCACCACAGUGUUCAGUAACUCAGGACGGUGGUCAGAUGAUAACUGCUCCCUCACUUUCCCGUUCAUCUGCUACUCAACAACUCCUCCAAAAACAGAAGACUUCAGAUCAAUAGGACAAAAUGAGUCCAGUAUCACUCUGCAGUGGAACAAAGUGAACAACAACUUCAGCUUUAUUCUCCAGUUUAAUGAUGCAGAGAUCAACAUCACUGCACCAGAUGGAGAUGGACCAGUAACUCACACAGUCUCAUCUCUCACUGCUGCAACUGAAUACACAUUCACUCUCUUCUCUGUGUUUGAGAACGCCAGAAGCAGUGGAGUAAACAUUACUGCAGUUACCGCUCCUCAAAAUGCUGAAAGAUUCAGAUCAACAAGACAAGAUGUCACCAGUAUCACUCUACAGUGGAACAAAGUGAACAACAACGUCAGCUAUAUUCUCCUUUUUAAUAGUGCAGAGAUCGAUAUCACUGCACCAGAUGGAGAUGGACCAGUAACUUACACAGUCUCAUCUCUCAUUGCUGGAACUACAUACACAUUCACUCUCUACUCUGUGUUUGAAAACGCCAGAAGCAGUGGAGUGAGCAUUACUGCAGUCACUGGGACUCGUCAGUACUACUUUGAGAAUACGGCACAGAACUGGACUGAAGCUCAGAGCUUCUGCAGACGGGUCUACACUGACCUGGCCACCAUAGAAACCCAGACUGAUGCCUUUGCUGUAAUCUGGACCACACCAAGCUACAGAGGCAAGGCUUGGAUAGGCCUCUACGGUGGGGGCUGGAGAUGGUCCCUGAGUAACAGCAGCUUCUAUGGUGAAGGAGAGACAGAGUUUAGAAACUGGGCUCCUGGACAUCCCUAUAGUCCUAACGGACAACAGAACUGUGUGGUGCUUCAAAGCUAUUACUAUUACUAUUACUACUUCUAUGACUACAAUGGAAAGUGGUUGGACAUUAAUUGUAACUACCCAUUCUACUCUGUGUGCUAUAACGGUUCAGUAAAUGGAACAUCAACCUUUGUAAAAGUCGACACACCUUUGAAUUGGACUGAAGCUCAGAGAUACUGCAGGGAGAAUUACGUCGAUCUAGCCAGUAUACAUGAUCAGACCGAAAAUGAUGUCAUCAGAAACCUGGCUGCUGGGGACUCUGUGUGGAUCGGUCUACACUUGGAACAACUGUGGUCUGAUGGGAGCACCUCUCUGUUUCAAAACUGGGCCUAUGGGCAAACAGACAGCACAGAGCAGUGUGUCACCACAGUGUUCAGUAACUCAGGACUGUGGUCAGAUGAUAACUGCUCCCUCACUUUCCCGUUCAUCUGCUACUCAACAACUCCUCCAAAAACAGAAGACUUCAGAUCAAUAGGACAAAAUGAGACCAGUAUCACUCUGCAGUGGAACAAAGUGAACAACAACAUCAGCUUUAUUCUCCAGUUUAAUGAUGCAGAGAUCAACAUCACUUCACCAGAUGGAGAUGGACCAGUAACUUACACAGUCUCAUCUCUCACUGCUGCAACUGAAUACACAUUCACUCUCUUCUCUGUGUUUGAGGACGUCAGAAGCAGUGGAGUAAACAUUACUGCAGUUACCGCUCCUUCAAAAACUGAAAACUUCAGAUCAAUAGGACGAGAUGAGUCCAGUAUCACUCUGCAGUGGAACAAAGUGAACAACAACAUCAGCUUUAUUCUCCUGUUUAAUGGUGCAGAGAUUGACAUCACUGCACCAGAUGGAGAUGGACCAGUAACUUACACAGUCUCAUCUCUCACUGCUGGAACUACAUACACAUUCACUCUCUUCUCUGUGUUUGAGAACGUCAGAAGCAGUGGAGUGAGCAUUACUGCAGUUACUGGAACUCGUCAGUUUUACUUUGAGGCUAGGCCACUGAACUGGACUGAAGCUCAGAGCUUCUGCAGACGGGUCUACACUGACCUGGCCACCAUAAGAACCCCAAUUGAUGCCAAUGCUUUACUUAGGACCACACAAAGCUACACAGGCAAGGCUUGGAUAGGCCUCUAUGGUGACAGCUGGAGAUGGUCCCUGAAUGACAGCAGCUUCUACAAUGAAGGAGAGACAGGGUUCAGAAACUGGGCUCCUGGACAUCCCUACAAUCCUUAUGGACAACAGUACUGUGUGCUGCUUCAAAGCUCUUACAAUAACGAUUACUAUUUCAAUUACUAUUACUAUUACUUGGACUACAAUGGAAAGUGGUGGGACUAUACAUGCAACAACCAACAAAGAUUUGUGUGCUACAACGGUUCAGUAAAUGGCACAUCAUCCUUUGUAAAAGUCAACACUUCUUUGAAUUGGACUGAAGCUCAGAGAUACUGCAGGGAGAAUUACGUCGAUCUAGCCAGUAUACGAAAUCGGGCAGAAAAUGACAUCAUCACAAAGCUGACAGUUGGGGACUCUGUGUGGAUCGGUCUGCACUUGGAACAACUGUGGUCUGAUGGGAGCACGUCUCUGUUUCAAAACUGGGCCAGUGGGCAACCAGACAGUCCAGAGCAGUGUGUCACCACAGCUUUCAGAAACUCUGGUCGCUGGUCAGAUGAUAACUGCUCCCUCUCUUUCCCGUUCAUCUGUUACUCAACAACUCUUCCAAAAACAGAAGACUUCAGAUCAAUAGGACAGGAUGAGACCAGUAUCACUCUGCAGUGGAACAAAGUGAACAACAACAUCAGCUUUAUUCUCCAGUUUAAUGAUGCAGAGAUCAACAUCACUGCACCAGAUGGAGAUGGACCAGUAACUUACAGAGUUGCAUCUCUCACUGCUGCAACUGAAUACACAUUCACUCUCUUCUCUGUGUUUGAGAACGCCAGAAGCAGUGGAGUAAACAUUACUGCAGUUACCGCUCCUUCAAAAACUGAAAACGUCAGAUCAAUAGGACGAGAUGAGACCAGUAUCACUCUGCAGUGGAACAAAGUGAACAACAACAUCAGAAAUAUUCUCCAGUUUAAUGGUGCAGAGAUCUACAUCACUGCACCAGAUGGAGAUGGACCAGUAACUUACACAGUCUCAUCUCUCACUGCUGGAACCAAAUACACAUUCACUCUCUUCUCUGUGUUUGAGAAUGCCAGAAGCAGUGGAGUGAGCAUUACUGCAGUUACUGGAACCCGUCAGUUUUACUUUGAGGCUACGCCACUGAACUGGACUGAAGCUCAGAGCUUCUGCAGACGGGUCUACACUGACCUGGCCACCAUAAGAACCCCAAUUGACGCCAAUGCUGUAUUCAGGACCACAAGGAGCUACAGAGGCAAGGCUUGGAUAGGCCUCUAUGGUGACAGAUGGAGAUGGUCCCUGAGUGACAGCAGCUUCUAUGGUGAAGGAGAGACAGGGUUCAGAAACUGGGCUCCAGGAUAUCCCUACAAUCCUUACGGACAACAACACUGUGUGGUGCUUCAAAGCUUUUACUAUUACUAUUACUAUUACUACUCUUUCUUGGAUUACAAUGGAAAGUGGUUGCAUGUUCAUUGCAACAACCAACAAAGAUUUGUGUGCUACAACGGUAAAGUAAAUGGCACAUCAUCCUUUGUAAAAGUCGACACACCUUUGAAUUGGACUGAAGCUCAGAGAUACUGCAGGGAGAAUUACGUCGAUCUAGCCAGUAUACGAAAUCGGGCAGAAAAUUACAUCAUCACAAAGCUGACAGCUGGUGACAAUGUGUGGAUCGGUCUGUACUUGGAUCAACUGUGGUCUGAUGGGAGCACGUCUCUGUUUCAAAACUGGGCCUAUGGGCAACCAGACAGCACAGCACAGUGUGUCACCACAGUGUUCAGAAACUCAGGACUGUGGUCAGAUGAUAACUGCUCCCUCUCUUUCCCGUUCAUCUGCUACUCAAUAACUUCUCCAAAAACAGAAGACUUUAGAUCAAUAGGACAAGAUGAGACCAGAAUCACUCUGCAGUGGAAUAAAGUGAACAACAACUUCAGCUUUAUUCUCCAGUUUAAUGAUGCAGAGAUCAACAUCACUGCACCAGAUGGAGAUGGACCAGUAACUCACACAGUCUCAUCUCUCACUGCUGCAACUGAAUACACAUUCACUCUCUUCUCUGUGUUUGAGAACGUCAGAAGCAGUGGAGUGAACAUUACUGCAGUUACCGCUCCUCCAAACGCAGAAAACUUCAUAUCAACAGCACAAGAUGAGACCAGUAUCACUCUGCAGUGGAAUAAAGUGAACAACAACAUCAGCUUUAUUCUCCAGUUUAAUAGUGCAGAGAUCGACAUCACUGCACCAGAUGGAGAUGGACCAGUAACUUACACAGUCUCAUCUCUCACUGCUGCAACUACAUACACAUUCAUUCUCUUCUCUGUGUAUAAGAACGCCAGAAGCAGUGGAGUGAGCGUUACUGCAGUUACUGCACUGGUCAAUGUUGCCUCUACUCGUCAGUACUACUUUGUGAGUACGCCACUGAACUGGACUGAAGCUCAGAGCUUCUGUAGACAGGUCUACACUGACCUGGCCACCAUAGAAAACACAACUGAUGUCAGGGCUGUACUCAGGACCACACCAAGCUACACAGGCAAGGCUUGGAUAGGCCUCUAUGAUCACAGCUGGAGAUGGUCCUUGAGUGACAGCAGCUUCUAUGGUGAAGGAGAGACAGAGUUUAGAAACUGGGCUCCUGGACAUCCCUUCAAUCCUUACGGAGUACAGCUCUGUGUGGUGCUUCAAAACUAUUACUAUAACUUAAAUGCCUUUGGAACAUGGGUGGACCUUAAUUGCACCAACAAAUUCUUUUUUGUUUGCUACAAUGGUUCAGUAAAUGGCACAUCACCCUUUGUAAAGAUCAAUAAACCUUUGAAUUGGACUGAAGCUCAGAGAUACUGCAGGGAGAAUUAUGUCGAUCUAGCCAGAAUACAAAAUCGCACAGAAAAUGACAUCAUCACAAACCUGGCAGCUGGGCAUGCUGUGUGGAUCGGUCUGCACUGGGAACAACUGUGGUCUGAUGGGAGCACCUCUCUAUUUGAAAACUGGUUCAGUGGGCAACUACAAAGCAAAAAGCAGUGUGUCACCACAACAUUCACAUACUCAGGACAGUGGUCAGAUGAUAGCUGCUCCCUCACUUUCCCGUUCAUCUGUUACUCUACUCCUUCAAAAACUGAAAACUUCAGAUCAAUAGGACAAGAUGAGACCAGUAUCACUCUGCAGUGGAAUAAAGUGAACAACAACAUCAGCUUUAUUCUCCAGUUUAAUGGUGCAGAGAUCGACCUCACUGCACCAGAUGAUGAUGGACCAGUAACUCACACAGUCUCAUCUCUCACUGCUGCAACUAAAUACACAUUCACUCUCUUCUCUGUGUUUGAGAACGUCAGAAGCAGUGGAGUAAACAUUACUGCAGUUACCGCUCCUCCAAAAGCAGAAAGCGUCAUAUCAAUAGGACAAGAUGAGACCAGUAUCACUCUGCAGUGGAAUAAAGUGAAGAACAACGUGAACUUUAUUCUCCAGUUUAAUGAUGCAGAGAUCAACAUCACUGCACCAGAUGGAGAUGGACCAGUAACUCACACAGUCUCAUCUCUCACUGCUGCAACUACAUACACAUUCACUCUCUACUCUGUGUUUGAGAACGUCAGAAGCAGUGGAGUAAACUUUACUGCAGUCACUGGCCCAAAUUAUGUUCUUGGCACAAACGUGGAAUUAGAAUCAUUGACUCCUAAGCUGUCAGACUCGGACUUGCAGAGUGUGUUGGAGAACCUCUUUAGAAGAUACGGCCUGUCACCACAGUUUUCCUUCAAAGUGUUGAGACGUGUGAUCAGAAAAGAUGAGACGAAAUGAAAGAGAAUGGAUAUGCAAUACAAAAACAUUUUUCAAGUUAUUUAGACUUCACAUUUUGAUUAUAUUGCAUUGUAUUUACAUAUACUAAUAUCUCUACUUAAUACUUCUACUGCUAUGAGGAUGUCUUUGUUGUAUGUAUUGCUACCAUUGCAGAAACGUUUUAAGGCAUAUAAAAUAUUCUCUCAAUAA